ACACAAUGUCAGAGCCAGACACACAACAAUUUGGCUAGGCAGAGUGCAUCGACAUCGAGGAGGAGUCCAUUGCUCGAGCAGAGCAACGGCAAUGGGGGCCCCUACCAGCAGCACCAAGGCCUUCAAGCAGGGGUUCCUCAGGAGCUUCCUCCUGAGCCUGACAUCCUGCAGGAACGGCGCCAUGGGCCUGCAAGAGAGGAAGCGUGCCGUCAGGUCGUCCGCCGACAUCGCCAUGGCCACCACCCGCGGCAGCGGAGCCAUGUGGCCGCAGGCCCUCCUAGCAGCAGCAUCGUCAUCAUCGUCGCCAUCGUGGAGUAGGCGGUUGCCGGCUGCAGCCACGGCGAAGACGACGACGAGGCGGAAGAACAUGGCGAGGAGGCGCUGUCCCCAGAGGAGGAGGACGACGAGCAGCGGCGAGAUCGCGAGGAGGCUGGUGAGGAAGCGGACCAAGGUGCUGCGGGGGAUGGUGCCCGGCGGGGAGCUCCUCGACGGCGCCUCGCUGCUCCGCGAGGCCAUGGACUACGUCGUCCACCUGCGCGCGCAGGUCGCCGUGCUCCGCCGCGUCUCCAACGCCAUGCAACAGAGACCGUCGUCCAUCCACAUGGCAGGGGCUGUUGCACCACCAGUGCAGUUGAAAACAGAGACGACCGGAACGGCUCAACACUCGGAAGGAAACGAAGAAUAGCGAGAUCGCAGUCGCACAAAUCAGGAGCCUCCGAGGAGCGUGUGCAGAAUGGCCAAGAUCAUGUAUUGUUCAGAGGCAUGCAUGAGAUCUAGGAUCUCGGAACCGGGAGGUAGGACAAGUGUUAGCAGCGGCUAGUUGUAGUGUCAGCGAGGCAAAGAAAUUUUUGGGUGCACUAAUUUAUGGGAGUACCUAAAACUCAUCUAGAUGAGAUAUAAUUUGGUCUCAUUCAUUUUGAAAACAAGAACAAAUACAACCCACGUCAGCACACACGCAUCUUAUAGCAUCACAUCCAAUGACUAUAAAAGAUGAAUGAAACCAAAUUAUAUCUCAUCUAGAUGAGUUCUGGCAAAACUGCUAAUUUAUGGCCAGCCGGGAAGAUAUGCAGGUGCUGGGAAUUCCCAGCUGGAUCAUGCUUGUGAAAAUGGAGUUGAAAUUCGGGUUGUAUUCGCUUCGGUUCAUGCUGGCGCGCAUUUGAUUUCAAACUGUUGCCUGCCCAUUUUGAUUUGUUUGUUUUUCUCCUCUAUAAUCUGAUGUCAAGAUCUUGCCCUCGGCAACGAAAAAUUUAUGUCAUCCCCUUGUUGGCGUU